AUUGUAUAUGUCUGUUCCACCUAUAAGCAAAGAGAACGGAGAAAAGAGAGUUUUUGAGUUAACACAGAGUAAUAUGGCAUAUUGGGCAUUAAAGCUGAGGUUUGCAAGAUAUAUGCCUCACCUGAGUAUGGUUGCAGCUCAGAUAAGUUAUACAACUCCUACUUCAUUGUGCAGUGAAGGCCUAAAUUCUCAUCUUUAUGUAACUUAUCGGUUUAUCAUCGCCGACUUGGUCAUGUCUACUUUUGCCUAUUUCCUGGAAAGGAGGGUAAAAUCAAGGCCAAAGAUGACACGAGCACUGGUUCUAGAGUUAUUUUUGCUCUCUCUCAUAGGCGUCGGCUUAACCAUGAACAUCUACUUUGCAAGUUUGAGAUACAGUUCUCCAACAUUCGUUGCAUCUGUGGUCAACACUGUGUCUUCUUUGACUUUUGUGAUUGCAAUCAUACUCAGGAUGGAGGUAGUCGAUGUAAGAAGCUCAUCGUAGACUGGGGUCACCAUCAUCACUUUGUAUAAAGGAUCUGCAUUCCACAGCUUGUGGUCUGCCCCGCUUCACCUGAAAAGACUUUCCUCUGUUCAUGAGAAUUGGGUUAAAGGGUCAAUUUUGACUGUUGCUAGCUGCAUAUCAUGGGCUCUAUGGUACAUAAUGCAGGCAGUUACUUUGAAGAAAUAUCCUGCACAACAGCAUGGAUGA